CAUAAUUACAACCGCCCGCAAAGGGCAGUGGGCACACCUGUCAUCCCCACAAUUUCUGCGACAGCAUUCUGUGCAGACUGAGACAAGAUCUUGCCCCCCCCAAUCAGACAUGGAAAAGCAAUGACAACGCCGAAUCGCGCACAUCACGUCCAGGAACAGUGAGCUUGUUGGUUGUCGCAUACGAUAGAGCUGGCCUGAAGCUAUUACGGAUGAUUCUGAAUGGAUCCACCACCACCCCCUCCACCGCCACAUGGCGCAAAUCCCCGUUCCACCGGUUCUUCAGGGCUGCCCCCGGGCAAUUACGAUAUUUUUAUCAUUCCACCUCACUCCUCUGGCUCGGGCUUUCUCUAUCUACCCUCAUUACAACCCCACCGCAACAGCUUUCUCGCCGGGGUUUUUAGUACGCUACUUGCUCUGGGAAUAUGGACAAUUGUGGCGCCCGUCUUGCGGGAAUGGUUCUCCAGGACCGUGGCAUCUGGAGGAGCAGGGGUCGUAGUCUUGCUGAUUGCCGUCGGAGUUGCGGGAUGGGCCUGGGGCAAAACACAAAUGGAAAAGGUUGGGGGAUCUGCUCGCACGUCAGGAAAUGAAGGAGGCCCAGGAGCAAGCGGACCGUCACCUGGAGCUUCCGCUCCGCCUCCCAAUGCAGGACCACCUCCUUUCAAUGGACCGCCGCCUCACAGUGCCGGACCUUCUCCGGGCGCAGGCCCAGGUCCAGGUCCCGGGCCUAGUGCAGGUACAGGACCUCGUCCGGGCUGGCAGCGUCAGCAAGGGCCCACCCCCGGCGCAAGUGAGGCACGUCAAGCAUGGGAAAAGGCUCGGCAAGAGACGAAGAGAAAAGAAGAGGAACGCAAGAGGCGUGAAGAGGCGGAAAAAAAGGCGGAAGCGGAACGCAAGAAGAAGGAGGAGGAGACUCGGAGACAAGAGGAAGAACGCAGGCGCAAGGAAGAUGAAGAGCGGCGAAGACAAGACGACGAGCGAAGACGGAAAGAAGACGAAGAGAGAAGAAAGGAGGAUGAGCGCCGAAAAAAGGAGGAAGAAGAAAUGAGGCGAGAGGUUGAACGCUUGCGCGAAGAAGCAGAGAAAAAGGCACGAGAGGCAGCCGAAAAGGAAAAGUGGGAGAAGGCUCGUAAGGACGAGCGUGAAGCUAGGCUGAAGCAAGCUCGAGAAAGACGUGAAAAGGAAACAAAAGAGAAGGAAGCAAAGGAACGCGAGACGAAGGAGAAGGAAGCCCGUGAACAGGCAGCUCGGGAGAAAGAAGAGAAGGAAGCCAAGGAAAAGGAGGCCAAGGAAGCUAAAGAGAAGGCUGACAAGGAGGCCAGAGAGGCACGACUACGAGAACUUCGUGAGCGGAGGGAGAAGGAGAAGCGAGAGAAAGAGGCACGGGAAGCACGAGAAAAGGAGAAGGAAAAAGAGGCAGCAUGGACAGCGCCCUCGACAUACGCAGCUUCAAUUCUCUCCGACCGCGAACGUACCCCUUACCACGUUUCCAGUCCAUCCUCCUCCACGAUUGGCAAGGAACCUCGGACUCCGUCUCCCAAGAAGCAAGCCGCUGCCAAGUCAGAGGUUGGGUCCGAAGACGCUUACUCGUAUCGGCCCUACGACAAACCAAAGCGCCCUGUCUACAAGCAACCUUCGCACUCGUCCUUUUAUUCCGAAAGUUCCUAUGCGCCAUCUCAAUCCACUGCUCGAACCACGCCGCCGCCGUCCAACCGUGGCCCAUAUUUUACCAAAGACCCAGACAAGAUCAUGAUCCAAGCCGUCUACCUGUUUAGCGACACCUUUCCGAAGCAACCACUUGCGGAGUUGGUUUCUGGUAUCGGCAGCGUUACCGAUGGGUUGAUUCUCAAAAUCACGACGGAAGGGUUGUUCAUUGACGAUGAUGUCCGCCACGUGCCGCAGCGUGAAUGGGAUUUGAAGGCGUGGACGAUGAAAUUAGUCGAGGUAUGGUGCCCUCAUUUUAAGAAAGGUCCUGCUUCAGCAUCUGCUGCUCAGCGUCGCGCGCAGAACCCCAUGCGCACACUUUUUGGCGACGGAAAACCCCCUCCCCCAACCAGUGAAGAAACCGACCUCCUCAUUGAGAAUUUGCUUCGCACUUGCAAAUCGAAUUGCCACAUUCCUGGAUCAGAUGGACCUAAUGGUUAUUCCUCCUCACAGACUGGCGACUUCAAAGGUGUACACGUCCUUCGCGCGAGCAUUCGAGACCAGGAAGGCAAAAAGUACAUUUUUGUCAUCCAACAGGAAGAAGGCUGGAAAGUCGCCAUUGGCCUUCAGCGAUUACGACGUGGUACCCAAGUGCGCGCACUUGGUGUCAGUGGCAUGACAGUGAACGAGACACGUGCUCUUCUCAACAAUAUCGACUGGGUCAUGUAAAGCAGAGAGUAGUACCUCUGUUCGAGUCCUUUUCAACCAUCUUUUGCUUGACUUUUUCAUGCAAUGUGGUUUUACCAUUUCACUCCCGAUCCGAUUAUACUUUUUCUUUUACUUGCACAUUUUUCUUUGCAUUUCUUCUUUUUCUCCGUCAUGCUUAGCGCCAUUGCUUUCAGCAGCAUCUGUCCACUGCAUCAAUUGCAUAGUGCAUCAUCAUUGCAGGGAGUUUUUCAUUUCUGUUGCGUAUUCGCUCUUUUCACGUUUCAUACCCCA